AUGGCGCCCCGAAAGCACGUGGGCAAAUCGGCCGUCCACCUGAAGCGGGAUUUCUUCCUGGCCAACGCCUCGCGCGCCCGCUCGGAGCAGUUCAUCAACCUGCGGGAGGUGAGCACCCGCUUCCGGCUGCCGCCGGGCGAGUACAUCGUGGUGCCGUCCACCUUCGAGCCCAACAAGGAGGGAGACUUCGUCCUCCGCGUCUUCUCCGAGAAGAAAGCCGGCACCGAGGAAAUGGAUGACAAGAUUCAGGCCACGCUGCCGGACGAGAAAGUGCUCUCCGAAAGCGAGAUCGACGACAACUUCAAACAAAUCAUGUUUUCAAGCAGCUGGCUGUGCCGCGCUGCGCCUGCCGCCACACUCCAGGCAACAGGCUUUAAACUGAACAAGAAGCUGCAUGAGCUGAUCAUCACCCGCUACGCGGAGCCGGACCUGGCCAUCGACUUCGAUAACUUCGUCUGCUGCUUGGUGCGCCUGGAAACCAUGUUCCGGUUUUUCCAAGCGCUGGACGCAGAUAAGGACGGAGUCGUCACUUUUAACUUGUUGAAGUGGCUGCAGCUCACCAUGUUCGCUUGAAGCGGAGCCGCUCGCCCCCAGCCCACGGCGCCAUCUCAGCUGCCAAGUGCCUUCGCGGCAGGGGGGGGG